AUGAUAUUAAGCCAACAAAGUAAAUUAAUUGAUUUUGUAGAAUCAGAACAGUUAAAAGAUAUAAAAUUAAGCCAACAAAGUAAACAAAUCGAUUCUGCAGAAACAGAAAGAUCAAAAAAUAUGAAAUUGAGCCAACCAAGUAAACAAAUUGAUCCU